UUUUGAUUUUUCAGCGUUCUUGUUUUCAUCAAUAAAAGUUUUAUUUAUUUUAUUUAUUAAUUUCACUAUUUUAUUGUGAGUUUAAUUUCAUUCUUACAACAAUGUAAGUCUUUAUACUCUUAUUUGUUUUUAUUUUUUCUUUUUAUUUGAAUUUUUAAUCAAUAUUUUUCACCUAUGUUUUUAAAAUCUACUGAAAAAUUAAAUUUAUUUUAACUUUAACCAUUUUAUGGGAUAAUUUUUUUAUAAUUUAAAAGAUCUUAUCGCAUAUACUUUUAAUAUUCACUUUUUAAUGGGAGAAAUCAAUAAUAUUUCUCCUUCCUUUAUAGACGCCUCACCUGUUCAGGCGAAUGUCGCUAAAAAUUUGGCGAAUUUGGCUAAUAACACACCGACACCCUCUGUCUUGUCAAACGAGGUCUGUACAUUAAUUCCAGGGCUCUUUGGAAUAGGAAUCCAGUUUGUUUUGUGUGCAAUUUCAGUUUUAAUUUUACUAUUGAAGUACUAUUUUGAGUUUCCGAGGAGACCGAAGAAGGUGUUUUUUAUGGAUUUUGUACAACUGAUGUGCGGAUCAAGCACAGUUCACCUCCUGAACAUAAUUUCAUCAAUCUUAAUAAAUAAGAUAAGGCUGGGCGGAGACGGUUCAUUUGUUCAGGACGAAUGCAAUAUGUACUUUAUGACAACAGUCUUUGACGCAACAAUUGGCGUUUACAUAGAGUAUAGAAUAGUUAGGUAUUUGGCCAUAAAGAAGGCCGCAAGUAAUUAUUUAAAGAAUAAUCGUAAGUCUAAGUUCACUCCCACAUCGCAAGAGUUGGCUGAUGCAAAGAAGUUUGCAAUAAACUCCUUAAACUCAACCCACUCUGGUUUCCUCACUGGAACCUCUAGUAUAUCGACAACAGCAAGCAUUAAUCCAAUGUUUGAGUUUGGCAAACAUAACCACAACGAGCUAGGUGAACAUAACGUAGAAGUGGAUUCGAGGGAAAUAUUUAUCCAAAAUAAGCCAAACGUGGGUAAGGACCUUGAGGCUCUUGACUCUAGACGAACUUCCAUCAAUGACCAGUUCUUACAUGAUUUAGAUGAUAACAAUGGUAAUGAGGGUAAUGAAGAUGACCUUCUCAUUGACGAUAGCCUCCCAAAUCCUAGUUUUUACUCUAAUUAUUUUUUGUACAAUAUUAAUUCACUAUACGCCAAGUUUAACAAGUGGUCCAAUAAAAGGAACAAUAAAGAGUUUUUACUAAACCUUUACACCUGGUUAAUCAUUGUUUCUGGUUUAAAGUGCGUUUCAAUCAUUUUGUUUACCAUCUUUUCAUACCAGAUUAAUUUAAUCACUUCUUACAUUUUACACCCCUUCAAUGAAUCUCACCGUCUUAAGCUUAUUUUUGUCAUGAUUGUUUCUCCCUUGUUCUUAAACGUCUUUCAGUAUUAUGUUACUGACUCGAUUAUUAAGAUUAAAAUACCCUUGAGUUAAUGUCAUACACAUUUA